AUGCUCAAGGUUAGAAGGACUAAUUACUUUGAGCAUUGGGAGAGCUUGUGUGACCUCCUCCUUUGGCUCCUUUGGUUAGUUCUUCACCUUGAAGGAACAUCCACCUGCUUAGCCUCCUCCUACACCCACCAUCCUAAGUCCACCAUCACAUCUCUCGCUGAUGACGACUACGGCACUACACCACCUCCCCAAGACGACAACGGCACUCCACCACCUCCCCAAGACGACUACGGCACUACACCACCUCCCCAAGACGACAACGGCACUCCACCACCUCCCCAAGACGACAACGGCACUCCACCACCUCCCCAAGACGACCACGGCACUCCACCACCUCCCCAAGACGACAACGGCACUCCACCACCUCCCCAAGACGACAACGGCACUCCACCACCUCCCCAAGACGACCACGGCACUCCACCACCUCCCCAAGACGACCACGGCACUCCACCACCUCCCCAAGACGACAACGGCACUCCACCACCUCCCCAAGACGACAACGGCACUCCACCACCUCCCCAAGACGACAACGGCACUCCACCACCUCCCCAAGACGACUACGGCACUACACCACCUCCCCAAGACGACUACGGCACUACACCACCUCUCCAAGACGACUGCGGCACUACACCACCUCUCCAAGACGACCAUGGCACUCCACCACCUCCCCAAGACGACCACGGCACUCCACCACCUCUCCAAGACGACCAUGGCACUCCACCACCUCCCCAAGACGACAACGGCACUCCACCACCUCCCCAAGACGACCACGGCACUCCACCACCUCCCCAAGACGACCACGGCACUCCACCACCUCCCCAAGACGACAACGGCACUCCACCACCUCCCCAAGACGACAACGGCACUCCACCACCUCCCCAAGACGACAACGGCACUCCACCACCUCCCCAAGACGACUACGGCACUACACCACCUCCCCAAGACGACUACGGCACUACACCACCUCUCCAAGACGACUGCGGCACUACACCACCUCUCCAAGACGACCAUGGCACUCCACCACCUCCCCAAGACGACCACGGCACUCCACCACCUCUCCAAGACGACCAUGGCACUCCACCACCUCCCCAAGACGACAACGGCACUCCACCACCUCCCCAAGACAACCACG